AUGCCCGUCCCCUCUCGUUCCCUUCCUCCCCAGUGCCGUUCCCGUCCCCUCCAGUCCCGUUCUCCUUCACUUUGCCAACUUCGCGCACAUCGCACGCGCCUUUUGCCUCUCUGUCGACCUGACGUCCGCCUGCUGCGCAAGAACCCCGACUUCAUGGCCGGCUGGGUCGAUUUCCGCCUCCUGUCCUCGCGCUUCCCCUUCCCAUCCUGGGCCAUUUCCUGGGCAGAGCUGCGUGGAGGCUACCUGCUCGCCAGCGACCACACCGCCUUCUACGCCGCGCCCCCAGACACAGGCCCGUCUACUACAUCUUCCACGCCACCCGCUGUGCCAUCGCUUACACACCGGCCCGCUCCAGUGCCGUUAAGUUUCGCCUCUGAGGCGCCUCCAUCAGGCAGCCGGGCCUCCAUACACAUCUCGACGGCGCAGAGCUCAUGA